AUGCAUCACUCUGCUCUUCCUGCUCUCGUCGGCGCCCUGUGCCUGCUGCUCGCCGGCGGCACUGGCGCUGUGUCGUCCGUGUCGACCGACACUAUGGCGACGUGGCUCAGCAAUGGCGGCGUCGACCUCGCCGAAGCGGCGGCGCCCAUGUGGUUCUUCGGACAGGCCAUGGACGAGCCGCCGUGCUAUCCGACAGCGGCGCUGGACAGCAGCAACGGCCAGGUAGCGUCAGUGGCGCUCUGCGACUGGCCCGACACGGGGUGCAACUGUCGGAAACCGGGCGUGGCCAUCAGCAAUCCAGGGCCGUCGUUUCCGGUGUACUUUUCCUUUCUGAAGUGUUCGAGCUCAGAGAUCCGCGUGGUCUACAACCUCUUCUAUCAAAAGGAUGGCUUCAACCCGUCGGGAGUGUUUGGACAUGCCUACGACUGGGAACGCGUCGUCGUCAAGUGGACGCUCUCCGGCAGCUGGACGCCGUCGCACAUCAUGCUGUCGCAGCACUCGGGCUACCAGACGCUUGCCUGGGCCAAGAUCCAGAACACGUUCAACACGGCCGACGUGUCGCUCUCGCGCGCCGGCUCCAACGGCCGGACAAACCUCGAUCACGCAAAGGUCUAUGUCGCCUGGUCCAAACAUGCGCACUACAACACGCGCAAUACCGGCUACAACGACGCGCUCUCACAGCUGACCGACAACGCUUUCCGCAGCCAGGACUGGUGGUACUUUCCCACGAGCAGCGACUACAUCCUCGCCGACAACUCCACCAGCGCUGGCAAGAUCCUCGGAAGCUUCGACUGGGGCGAUGCCACGAGCGAUCCUCUCUCCGUCUACGAGGGGCUGUGCUCGGCAUCGUAG